AUGCAUGCUGCGGCUCCGAUUUCAAAGAUCUAUAAUCUUCCCCCAAAUGUGUUUUUGUUCCUCGGCAUGUGUUUGCGAAAUACGUUGAUGAUUCGCAGCAAACUCUUGUCUAAUAACACCUCUGUGCCAAGAGCUCCGUUGAUCCUGCAGUUUUGCCGCCUUUGCUUGUCACAUUUACGCUUUGAAAGAGCACUCACUUUUGGCUUUAAGACCACUGCACCCUGCAAGAUUGUCUUCCUAACUCUACUUAAUCGUCAGGGUCGUCAUUAUCCUGUCAAGUUCGAACUUCAGAGUUCUGAUCGGCCAUGCUCUAGGGACCCUCGCUUCAUCCAAUGCUUCUGGGAGCCAAAAUUCUGGUUAAUUGCCUCGUCUGAUUCGAAUUCGUCCGCGUCGCUCUCCGGUCCAUGA